AUGGCGGACCAUCAAACUUCGUACAACCUAGCUAUCAUCCUGUUUGCAACGCUGGGAAGUCUGACGUAUGGAUACUCCACGGGCAUCAUCGCAACGACUCUCGGGCAGCCGACCUUUAGAGAAUACUUCGACUUACUUGACGCGGACUCUUCGGCAGCCAUCACCGGAGGAUUGAACGGUCUGUAUCAAGCGGGCGGCUUGUUUGGAGUUCUCUCCACCGCCUGGGCUUCUGACACGUAUGGCCGCAAGAUGUCGAUUGGGUUCUACUCUCUUGUCAGCGUUUUUGGCGGUGCUCUUCAGGCCGGCUCAGCCCACAUCGGGAUGCUGAUGGUUGCAAGGGCAAUCACCGGCCUGGGCAUUGGUGGACUAGUCAUCUCAGUGCCCGUCUGGCAGAGCGAGGUCGCCUCGCCAGCCACUCGAGGUUUUCUCGUCGGACUACAUGGCGUCUUCAUUCUCAUCGGAUACUCACUCGCCAGCUGGGUUGGCGUUGCCUUCUACUUUGUCAAUAUUCAUGGUGCUCAGUGGCGGGUUCCUCUGGCGUUUCAAGUACUGCCCCCACUUGCCCUGGUUCUUGGAAUCAAAUGGCUGCCGGAGUCGCCACGCUGGUUCAUCGCCAACAACAGGCACCAGGAGGCCAUGUUCAUCCUCGACAAGCUUCACGGCAACGGCGCGCCAGAGAGCCAUGGAUACGUACAGGAGGAAUUCAACGCUAUCCGCAAUCGAAUCGAGGCUGACAGCUGCCAUCCGACGUCAUGGGCUUCGCUCUUUAAGGUCCCUUCCUACCGAAAACGCCUGCUUGUUGGCUUCGGGACCAUGUUUGGCGCUCAGUGCACCGGAACCCAGGUCAUCAAUAACUACGGGCCUAGUCUCUACUCCAGCAUGGGCUUCUCUGAGCAGAAUCAGCUCAUUGUGGCUGCGGGGUGGAUCACCUUUGGCGUAUUUUGCAACUAUCUCAACGCCAAGAUGCUGGAUUGGGUAGGAAGAAGAAUUUGCAUGACCAUCGGAAUGGCUGGUACUUCUGUUGCAUUACUAGGCGAGGCUAUUAUGAUCCAUCUCUAUCAGGGGACUGAAAAUCGGGCUGGAAACGGGGCAGCUUUAGCUUUCCUGUUCUUGCAUCUCUUUUUCUACGGCGGCUUUCUCGAUGCCUCGACAUAUGUAUAUGCCUCUGAGAUCUGGCCUACCCAUGUAAGGUCCAAGGGAGCGGCGGCUUCGACAUCUGGCAUGUUUGUUUCAUCUCUAGUCUUGCUCACUGUAUCGCCCACUGCUUUCGACAAGAUUGGGUGGAAAUACUACAUGGUUCUCAUGAGUCUUACUAUUAUAGCUGGCGUCUGUUUUGCAGUCUUCUUCCCAGAGACUAAAGGCAAGAGUUUAGAGGAAAUUGGAAACAUUUUUAAAGACGACUAUUCUAUAGUUUUAGAAGGAGAUAAGGCACAAAACACUCUGUCAGAUGAGCCUGCAGUCUUAAAGAAGACUUAG